AUGGUUCCACCGGCUGACCAAACGAUGGCCAAGGAAACUGUGCUAGCAACCAAAUUAGUUGCUGAAUUUGAGAGCUUUGGCGUUAUUAUAGACGAUCUAGGAAUCAUUGAUAAUUUGCGAGCCAUGUGCAAAUUAUAUAGUUUGGACGAAUCUACUAUGGUUGACGAGUGGAUGGCAUUUGCAUGUUCAUCAGGAAAUGAUAUUGAAAUUACUCACUCAGCUUUGGAAUCCUUCGAGAAGGAGCUUUCAGCUUAUAGAUUAAGCAUUCUUGCAUCUAGACUCGAUCGGGAAGAACAUAGCUUAAUUGAUGCUUAUUGCACACCAGAAAUGAAAGCGAGUAAGCGAUUACUAAAAACUCCAGAAAGUGAUAGUAGAAAGCUAAUAAAAACCCCUUACAAAAGAACUCCAGCAAGUCAAAUCUUUUCGCCUAAUAGUUAUUCUCCAAAUAUGUAUUCAUCGCGUGGCAAUGCUGGUGAGAUUUUAGCAACAUUAAACAUGUGCGGAAUUAAUGAUGAAACUAUCAACUGGAAAGGACAUGGGAUAAAGACUAAUGUAACUGCUGCAGAUCCAGAUCAAUGUUUAGAUGAAGGCUACAGAUACAUGUUUCAAAAAAUAUCAGAACGUAUUGAAGCAUUACGCCAUCAAGUAAGUCUUGUCGCAGAGCCUCUCCAGGAACAGCACGGAAUUCAAGAAUUAGGUUAUGUCGACGUGCCUUCUCAGGAUGGAACAACGGUAAUUGGCCGCAUUGGUUGUGAUAGCAAUGGGCGUUUAAAUGCCGCAUCUUUAGUUAUUGCUGGCUAUAACCCUAAUCGAGUUUGUAGAUCUGCGACUCCACUAAAUGUAAAGGAGCUAUCUCAUUUUUCCUUUUUUCCUGGUCAAGUUGUUGUCUUAGAUGGUAAAAAUCCAAGUGGCAAUGCUUUUAUCGCUAGCAAACUGUAUCAGGGUAUUGCUCUUCCAUUUAACAAGAUACCGUUGGAAAAAGCAAAGAGUUAUUACCCUAGUGAUGACUCUCCCAUGAAUAUUUUAGUUGCAUGUGGACCAUUCACUACAGCCGAUAACCUACUCUACGAACCGCUGUCUGAUUUAUUGAAAGUCAUUUUAAACCAGCAGCCCGAUAUUGCAAUUUUGUGCGGUCCCUUUGUUGAUGCUAAGCAGGAGUUAAUUAAGCAAGGAGAAAUCAAUAUUAGCUAUGAAGACUUAUUUAUAAAACGGCUGAGCGAAAUCAUUGAAAACGUUGGAAGAAUCUCUACAUCUGUAGUGUUUGUCCCUUCGACGAGGGAUGUUCAUCAUGACUUUAUCUACCCGCAACCACCUUUUACGCUGCCAUCUAGCCUAAAGACUGCACCGGAAAUUCAUUUUGUGUCUGAUCCUUGUACACUAAUCGUUAAUGAUGUUACAAUCGGACUCACUUCGACAGACAUACUCUUUCAUAUGGGAGCGGAAGAGACUGCUAGUCCACCGGGAAUGUCUGAUAGAAUUGGAAGGUUACUGAAGCAUUUAAUCCAUCAAAGAAACUACUAUCCGCUGUAUCCCCCCUCAGAAGAGGUCAAUUUCGAUCGCGAAAAUUUUGUUAACUUUGGCUUUAUGCCUGUGACUCCAGAUAUUUUAAUUGUUCCUUCGGAUCUUCGUUAUUUCGUGAAGGACGUGGAGAAAUGUUGUUGUGUCAAUCCUGGUCGCUUAGCUAAAGGUCAAGUUGGCGGUUCAUAUGCACGUAUCGCAGUCCUGCCACCCAAAGUAGCAAAUCAGCCGGUCAUUGAUCGUAUAGUCUCUCAGGUGGUUCGCAUUUGA